AUGGUAUUUUAUCUUAUCAAAACAAACGUCCAUUCGACAUCGUUCGAUUCGAACACAAACUUUAUCGAAAUUAUCAUUAUGACCAAAACUAUUCUUGUCACCGGUGCCAGUUCAUUCAUUGCUGGAUGGAUUAUACGAUAUCUGCUUGAGAAAGGUUACAACGUUCGCGGAACGGUUCGAUCUGCAGCAAAAGAAAAACAAGUUCUCGAUGGAAUCGCAGAAGAAUAUCGAAAACAAAUGUCAUUUGUUCAUGUUGCUGAUAUUACAAGUGAUUCGUUCGAUGAAGCCGUUCGUGAUGUUGAUGGAAUCAUUCAUGUUGCUUCACCAUUCCAUUACAAAGUCACUGACCCAGAAAAAGAUUUACUUCUUCCAGCAAUCAAUGGAACCACUCGAGUUUUACAAGCUGCACAUGAGUUCAAUCAAAACAAUGAAAACAAAAUCAAACGAAUCGUCAUCACNUGUGAAAUAGAUUGUUUCUAUGUUCUACAGCGGUUCACUGUGUAG